AUGCCUGCCCGGCAGAGAACGAGAAGCAGUGGUGGUGGUGGGAGCCAUCCAUCCUUGGUGCAGAAGACCGUGAAUCUGGAUGCGGGCAUCCCGACCAUCGACUGCCUCGCCCUCAACCUCAAGGAAACCAAACCUCAAGCCACAAGGUCGGUCGACACCGACACCGACACCUACCUUACACACACACACACACUAUCCCCCCCUUCCUCCCUGCCUCCUGGCUGCGCAUAUCGUUGGCUGGCAUCUGUCAAUCAGGAUGACGGAGGUGCUGCAGCUCGCCCGUCUGCUGCCGCUCGAGCUGCCGGCACAGAUCCCGCCCUCCGCUCUCGGUGGUGGCGAGGAGGCUGACAGCCUGCUCGACAGCCUCCUCGCCUACCGCCUUAGUGUCGAGGACCGGCUGCGCAAGGACAUCGAGGAGCCCCAUCCCGUCUCAACCGACGAGGUGAGUGAGUGACGGAGGGCGGUCAGCCAGCCAGGCAGACAGGCAGGGAGACGGACAGUUAGGUUGGGAGGAAGGCAUUAGUCAUGGCCGCCGUAGAGCAGUAGCACGGUAGCUGUGCUGUGUUUUCGCAUGUACGCUUCCACAUUCCUUACCCCAUCCUCGUCCGUCACCGAUUAGGAGGAUUUCGACUACUUCAAGUGCGACCAGCGCGGCGAUCGCCCCCGCACUGAAGACCAGGUACGGCACACACACACACCACGUUCUUACAUCGAGAGUAGGAGAGGAGAUGCGAUGCGAUGCGUGUAUGUUUCCACACGAACCAUCCCAUUACACACAUACAUGAUGGACAGACAGCCGCAGCUGCUGGGCUCACUCGUCAUUGUGUGGCGGUGUGGGUGGUUGGUUGGUGUGUGUGUGUGUCGUAGAUGAAGAAGGAGGCCCUUCAGGAGGAGUGGGAGAAACUCGUGCAGUCGUACUUCAAGUAUGUCCAUCAGACACAUACAUGCACACACGUGCACACACAUCUCAUCCGUGUGAUCUCUGUCCGUGGUGUGAUGGGUGCAGGACCAUCAAGAAGCUGCGCCAGAUCUGUCCGCCUCCCCCACACAUCAAGGCCGGCGGCAGCAACAAGAGGGCGGCGGCCUUGGUGUGCGGGGGAGGGCCUGCCGAGCACACACGCAGCAAGAAGCGCAGAUUGUGCGCUGCCACGGUUGACGGUGACGGUUGACGGUGUGUGUGGUUGGGGUGGGGGAGAACAGACAGACAGACAAACCCAACCUGCCCGCCUCUCUGGCCACCCGCAGCCGCCACCCCUCCCCCACCACCAUGAGCAGGACUACGACACGGCCGGCCGCCAACAGGUACAUUGUAGCUGGGGGUUUGGAGGGAGGGCCGCACACAUCGAUCUAACACGAGGAUGGGGUGGAUGGACAGCUGGGCCACACUACUCACCUCUCCGUGUGCCGAAUGGAUGUCUUUGCCUGUCUGUCAGGGGAUGAGACGGACGAGGACGGGGAGAGUGAGGGCGAGGGCAAGCCCGGCGAGCAGCAGCAGCAGCAGCCGCCACAGCAGCCCGCCCAGGUGACACAAAGACGCACAGACAGAGCCCACCGUCUCAUGGCCCUUUCUGUCCCUGCCUGCUUUCAGGUCAUCGUUGUCUACAUUUUAUAUUCUGACGGCGAUUGUCUUCAUUGCAAUGCCCCGCAGACCAACAGGAGACGUAAAGACGUUCGUUUAUGUAAAACAGAAAUGCACACAGUCUGUGAGUGGGGUGAUGAUUGGUGGUUGUGAAUGUGUGUCGGUGUGUCUGCAGGCCCACAAGUCGUCUGCCGCCGGUGCGCCUGACGCAAGCGAUGGUACGUGUGUCCUCCCACCCAUCAGACGGACAAACAGCCAGACAGAUGUUUGUCCAUCAGAUGAGGAGCGCCAGAGUUUGAUAGAGGUUCUCAACGACUGAGCGGCCGAGCACAAGGACGACACCAUCACACCCCUGCUCACCCAAGAGGAGGCGGCUGACCCCGACUGGAUGGAGACGGUGCCUGUCCCUCGCCUGCUGGCACUCAUCAAUCAGCUGCUCGAGGCCGCCGGUACGAAUGCCUGCACUCAAAAACACACACAUCACGGGAACCAGCCCACGCCGAGCUCUAAUCUCUUGUAUGCUAUGCCUGUCGAGCAGAGAACAAGAAGCAGAAGGCCGACAAGAAGGAGAAGAAGAGCACCAAGGAGGGCGAGCGUAAGCAGAGAGAAGCGAAACGGUCAUGUAAAUGUGAAUGGUACGGUGAAUGUCGUGUUGCUGUGGAUAUCAGGGGCGUCGGGCGUGUGGGACCGGGUGGAGCCGCCAAUGUCUGAGGGGCCGACACUGGGCCAAGGUAAGCCCACAUUCACACGGCAGGGCGCAGGGAGAGGCGACUCACAUCCAUCCAUCUGUGCGCAUGUGACCUUCGUGGCUCUCUGUCCUUGCUGUCCCUUCAGGGGGCCGCAAGGUCUCAAAGCGGCAGCAGCGGCAGGUACACAACAAUGCGCUCAGCCAUACCCCUACACCCCCCCUCAUCCCAUGGUCCUUGUUUUGUUCUUUCCUGCUCCUCAGGACGCAGAGGGCCACCGGGGGGGCGGGGGAGGGGACAGCAGCCCGGCGAGCCACGCCUCGCCAGGCCACCGUGACGGCCGUGGCGGCCGACCUGCUGGGCGUGGCCGAGGUGUGGGGGGCGCUUGGGGUGGGCCUGGCCGACAGUAAUCGAACGCUUCCAUUCUUCUCUCACAGUGAGCGGACACACACACGUCCGCCACACCACGCGCUGCACACGCACAUAUACAUAUGUAUAUCGUCUCAUGUAUGUAAUGGUGUGUGUCCUCCUUCUGUGUGCCUCGGUUUUGCUCGUCACAUAGACACUCAGGGAUUCUGAAGCGCAGACGACCAGACGACAGGUUGGCAGAGACGACAGAGACAGACACGACAGGGGAUCCCUCAGCACUCCUCUCUCUCCUUUGCCCUUUUCUGCGCUUCUAGGAGAGGGACUCCGCAAAAAUCGUUGCCUACAUUUUAUAUUCUGAUGGCAAGUGGACUCACUCGUUGCGCAGCUGCAGGCCACCAAAGAAGAGGUAGUGGUGUGGCGCGGUCUUCCAGGAGGCUGGUGGACAUGUCAUCACAGAGAGUAGGUCCACGCACUGAAGAUGUGCGAGCCACGUGCGUCUGUCCGUGUCUCAUCAAGCCGCACGAUGGUUGAGGCGUGCUGUUGCUGUGGACGGCAGAAGCCUCUCCGCCGCCCUCAGGCGACGACAGAGCGGCACCAGCAGCCCCACCAACAGGAGGGAGAAGGCGGCCUCGGGCUGGGGGGUGAGAUCUAAGACGAGGAUGGGGUGGAUGGACAGCUGGGCCACGCUACUGACCUCUUCGUGUGUGCUGAAUGGAUGCCUUUGCGUGUCUGUCAGGGGAUGACACGGACGAGGACGGUGAGAGUGAGGGCGAGGGCAAGCCCGGCGAGCAGCAGCAGCAGCAGCAGCAGCCGCCACAGCAGCCCGCCCAGGUGACACAAAGACGCACAGACAGAGCCCACCGUCUCAUGGGCCUUUCUGUCCUUGCCUGCUUUCAGCUGUCAUCGUUGUCUACAUUUUAUAUUCUGACGGCGAUUGUCUUCAUUGCAAUGCCCCGCACACCAACAGGACACGUAGGCAAAGCAAUGAGCAAUACGGGCAAGGGAAGUCUGUGUGUGCCUUGCAGGUAUCAUUCAGACGCGACACCGUCAUCGAGUCACUUUCGCUUAAUCUGGGCCACCUGAGACCCAAUCGUCGUGGAUGA